AUGUCAAUAGGUUCAACUACUCAAACUCAUAUACAAUCUAACACUAAUUCAAAUAAUCAACCAUCAAAUGUAUCAAUAUCAUCAAAUAUAUCUUCAAAUAAUAAUAAUUCAAUAAAUGGUUCAUCUUCAUUACCUGGACCACCACCACCUUAUUCAAAAUCAUUACCAACUACUUCAACUAAUAUGACUGAUAUAUCAUCAUCAUCAUCAUCAUCAAUAAAUUCUAAUUUUACUUUACAACAUGAACAACAACAACAACAACAACAACCAAGUCAGCCGCGUGAUCAAAAUGAUUUAGUCACAGCUGCUCAAGCUUUAACUCAAUUAACAAGAACUAAUUCUCCUCCUUCAGAUGUUGAUACUAUUGUUACAAGAGAUAGUGAUGAAUUAUCUACUACAACAACUACAAGUAAUUUUGAAAAUAAUCAAUUACCUCCAUUAAUUGGUCAUCAUGAACAACAACAAUUACAACAACCACAACAAAAACAUCCUAUUGUUUCAACUGUUAAUAUGGUUGCAAAACAUCCAAUUGUUAUGAAUGCAGUAAAAUAUUAUGAAUCACAAAAAAGAAAUUAUCCUUCUUUUAAUUAUGCUGCUGGUAUAGUUGAAGCUGCUGCAUUACCUGUUGUUAAUAAAAUUGAAGAUAAUUUAAAUACAAGACAUCAACAAACAAGAUUACCAUCAUUUUCACAAUUAGAAGCUAAUAGUUCUCAUUAUAGUUCUAAUGAAUUAACUCCAGUAGUUUCAUUUGAUAAUAAACAAAAAAAAAGAAGAUUAUCAUCAUCAAGUGUAUCAUCAAAUGUAUCAACAAUGUCAACAUCUUAUGAUACUAAAAAAAGAUUACAAUUUUGUAUUCAUAUUUUAAGAGCAGCAAAUGCAAAUAUAAAUUCAAAAAUUAAUUUUUUACAACGAAAAAUUAACGAAACUGAAUUAGCUGUAAAAGAAGAAAGAGUUAAAUUACAACAUCAAAGAUCUCAUGAAUCUUUAUCACCUGAUCAAGCAACUCAAAAGACUAAAACUGAAAUCAUUGGUACAGUUAAAAAGAUUAUUCAUUUAAUUUCAAAUUUUAGACCAAGUACUCUUGGUGGUACUUCCAAUACUACUACUACAACAACUACUCAAUCAGAUACUUCAACAACUACUCAAUCAGAUACUUCAACAACUCCAAUCACAAAUGAUUAUGCAUUAUCAAGAAUUCCAACAAAUAUAUCAUUUUUACAAGAUUAUGAACUAAAAAACACUAUAAGAGAUAUAAUAUUACAUUUACCAGCGUCAUUACAACAACAGUCUUCAACAUCAUCAAAUGGUGAAGAAGGUAAUGAUAGAAUAUUUGUAUUAGCAAAAGAAAGUUUAGAUAUGAUUACAAAAUUAACUAAUGUAUUCAGUGAACAAUUAGUUAAAGUUGAAACUUGGGUAAAUGGUGAAGAACAAUUACAACAACAACAAUUAUUAAAUAGUCAAGGUGAAUUAAAUGAGAAAGAUGUUGAUAUGAAAGAUGCUAAAAGUGACGAUCUGGUAAGUACAAGAUGUUCAAGUGAAGAACCAGAUGGUUUAACUUCUGCUACUAAAAGAAUGAGAAUCAAUGAAUUAAUUGAUAAUUAA